AUGGCAUCAAAACGAUGUGCUGGAUCAAUUUUGGAAUAUUUUACUAAAAAAGUAAAAAGUACAACAACAUCUGUAUCUACAGAAGGAAUUGCUUUAACUGAUCUUUCAACAAGUUCUGGAGAUGAAGCUCUUGCAGCACCUUUUGUGACUCAAACUACUCCUCUUGUUAAUCCAUUACAUUUGUCUAAUACGAAUAAUUUAUUGGAAAAUAUUGAUGAAUCUGAAAACCGACCUGAAAUUUUUGAUAAUUCUGAUAAAUCACCAAAUGAAAAUAACCAAACAUCAUCAACACAAACAUUAAAUUUAUCUACAUCUAACCUAUCUACUCAAAGCGUAAUUCUUAUGUCUAAAUGUGAUUUAUACUGCUGCAAUUCGUCUACGCCAUAUCAUCCUGUUAGAGAUGAUGAAUUAGUCUUAACAACAAUUGAUAAACGAUCAUGUCAAAAACAAUGGUUUCUGGAUCAUACUUGGCUAACAUUCUGCAAAGUUAAAAGAAAAGUUUUUUGUUAUCCAUGUCGAGUUGCAUUUGAACGUGAAAUUCAUCCAAAUACAAAAUUACAUCCUUCUUAUAGAAGUUUUGUAACAGAAGGUUUUUGUGACUGGAAGAAUGCCACGUCAAGAUUUAAACUUCAUGAGUCAACAAAAAUGCAUGCUACUUCAAUUUAUGUUGUUGGUCAACAAACAAAACCAACUGUAACAGCUCAAUUAAUAUCAACAGCCAAAAGACAACAAGAACAACGUCGAAAAGCUCUUUCAAUCCAAAUUUCAUGUAUUGUAUAUUUACUUCGACAAGGUCUUGCACUUAGAGGGCAUUCUGAUAUUGAAAGCAAUUUGGUUCAACUGUUAAAACUUCGAAGUAUUGAUAAUGAUUUUUUAAAAGAAUGGAUCAACGACAAGAAAUAUUUAUCACAUGAUAUAAUCAAUGAACUUUGUAAAGAAAUUUAUUUAUUCAUUAUUCGAGAUAUUGUAAAAGAAAUUUCCAACAGAAAAUGGUUUUCCUUAAUAUGCGAUGAAACAUGUGAUGAAUCAACACUUGAACAAUUAUGUAUUGGUGUUCGAUCUGUAGAUGAUAAUUAUGAAAUAUUUGAAGAUAUUCUUGGGCUUUAUGAAUUAUCCCGACAAGAUGCUCCAGCAAUUGUUGAAGCAAUUUGUGAUGUAUUAACCCGGUGUGGUUUAAAUGUACUCGAUUGUCGUGGUCAAAGCUACGACGGUGCGUCGAAUAUGUCCGGAGUUUAUGGUGGUGUAUCAGCUUUAAUUUUGAAUCAGCAGCCAAAAGCUAUGUAUGUGCAUUGUACAGCUCAUUGUUUAGAUUUAGCUGUACAUGAUUUAUCUGAUCAAUGUGCUACAAUUAGUACUUGUAUAUCAUUUGUGAAAGAAAUAAUUGAUUUUGUUCGUCGAUCACCAAAACGUCUUGCUAUUUUAAAAGAAAUCUCCAAUCAAUUAUCAAUGUCUUAUACAAAUCUCACACCCUUAUGUCCAAUGCGAUGGACUAUGCGUGCUGAAUCAUAUAAUUCAUUAUUAAAAAAUUACGAACCAGUUCAAGAAGCUUUAUAUUCAAUUGCUGAAGAAAAAGGUGGUCCUGGUAUAAAAGCUAAUGCUACAGAAAGACUUUCAUGUACAAUACAAGGUUCAAGUUGUUGUUUACAAGAUGUUAUUUGUGCAGCUGAAUCUGUUAUUCAUCAUUUUCAACGUAUUCGAGAUGAUAGUAAUUUUAAAUCGUUUUAUAGUGGUGUAGUCAAAGACAGUGAAGAUUUAACAGAUAAACCUAUUCUACCACGACAUCGAAGACCACCAAAACGUUAUGAUUCAAAUCCAGCUGUUGUAAAUUUUUCUAGUUGUGAAGAAUUUUAUCGCCAACAAUAUAUUGAAGCACUUGAUAUUGUUGUUAAUAUGUUAAAAAACAGAUUUACUCAAAAGAACUUUAAAUUAUUAUGUAAUGUUGAGAAAUUUAUUAUUCAUGUAGCAAAUAAUUCACUUGAUGAUCCAAAUGAUUGUGUGCAAUCAAUUAAGGAUUUUUGUUAUGGUGAUAUCGAUGUUGAAAGAUUGAAAGGUGAAGCACUUAUGAUUUUUGAUUUUUUUCAAUCGGUAACAGUGUUGCCACCUUUUGAAGUCCAAAAAGCAGAAAAUAGUUUAUAA